GGCAUUUCAAAACUCCUCCACAUUAAAUAACGCUAUUCAAAACCCCUCUCUCUCAACGACUCCUCCACAAUUCUCUUCCCGAUUAGGAUUCAAGCAGCUCAGUAGGUGAAGAAGGAUGGCUGGAAAAGGCGGGAAAGGGCUUCUGGCGGCCAAGACCACCGCAGCUAACAAGGAUAAGGACAAGGACAAGAAACGGCCGGUUUCAAGGUCAUCCCGUGCUGGUAUUCAGUUUCCGGUGGGUCGGAUUCAUCGGCAUCUAAAGACUAGGACUCAAGCAAAUGGAAGGGUUGGAGCUACUGCUGCUGUCUACUUGGCUUCAAUCCUGGAGUACCUGACUGCAGAGGUGCUUGAGCUUGCUGGAAAUGCAAGCAAGGACUUGAAGGUGAAGAGAAUCACUCCAAGGCAUCUACAGCUGGCCAUUAGAGGAGAUGAGGAGCUUGACACCCUCAUCAAAGGAACUAUUGCUGGAGGUGGUGUGAUCCCUCACAUUCACAAGUCCCUCAUCAACAAAACCUCCAAAGAUUAAGUUGUUAGUAUCUAAUAUCCAGUAGUGUUUGUUGUGUGAUACUAGUAUAUUUGUUAGGGCAGUGGUGGAUUUGCUCAGCUUUUGCUAGAACAUCUUGCGUAGGAAAAUGUGAUAUGACUACUAGGAUUUGUGAUUAUAGUUGGUUUCCAUGUAGGUAUGCUUCAUGCUUGUUGGAUAGUUAUAUGUUUUAGUUGCCUAGUAUCUUAGCCUCUUUUCUGUUAUGGUUGUAGAAUUCUCCUUCUGCACUGCAUCUUUGGAAUCUAGAAUUGGUUUUUAUAAAGUUGACGUUGCUUGCAUGUUUUGGA